AUGGCUCCUGGUCAGCAUCCCGGUCAGAUGCAGCCGCAUCAGCGAAUCCCUUCGCAUUCUCAGAUGGCACCUCCCUCAGCCAUCCCACCUUCCUAUGCCGCUCCCAUGAACGCUGGCUAUGCAGCAUCGCUGGAAUCGCGAUCGUCACAUCAGGCACAGCAGUCUGUCCCUUACAACGGCUACACCUCCAACGGCUCAUCCUCUGCCAUGCCGUCGCACUCGCAGUACGCUCACCACUCUCCCUACACUUCGCCCGUCAUAGCGAACGUCUCCAACGCGAUGCCCGCAUACGUCACCGAGGGACCGAUUCAGCAAAGUCCGCAUACACCCUUUACCCAGAUGCGUUCGCAGAGCUUUGCAAGUGGAUCGGGGCAGCAGGGACCUGUGCUCGAACGAAGACCGUCGGAGCCCGUCACGAGGCGCAAGCGCAAGUCACCCGACAGCAGCAGUCCGACUGGCCUGGAGGACGAGUUUAAAAUCGAUGGGAAGAGCAUCGAUGCAGCUGGCGGCAAUGUGACAAUGUUUCAAUGUCGCGGCUUUGGGGAUUGCAAGAUGGUCUUCACGCGCAGCGAGCAUUUGGCUCGCCAUGUCAGGUGAGUCUUGAUGGCGAGAAAGCAGCAUAUCCGCAAAGAAUCUUCUUCCAGCGCGCUAUGCAGCUUCCAACGCUUGCCGAGUCUCAAGCAAGACUCCUGUGGCUGACGCAGUUGGAUCCCACCUCUUGCCGCGCAGGAAACACACUGGCGAGCGACCAUUCCGCUGCCACUGCGGCAAAGCCUUUUCCCGAUUGGAUAAUCUGCGGCAGCACGCUCACACUGUGCACGCCGACGAGGCGGAGCGCAACGAAACCAUGAUGGCCGAGCUGACAGGCUUGCACACCACGCUGGCAGCAUCUGCUGCGCAAGCUCAGCAUGCGCGGGCACAGGUGCUGGGCAAGGCAAACACACUCACUGCCGGACAGGCAACCAGCGCCACGAAUCGCCGCAAGUCCACCGGUGGACGUCUCAAACAAGAGUCGAGAAGCGACUCGCGCCGCGGAUCUUGGGUAGAAGCCCUCUCGCCAGAGAUGAAUGCUUACGUAUCGCCUCAGCAAGCGGCGCACGUCGCAUCUCCCUACGCCCAACGUGGCGCCUUUCCCACUGCGUCUCAUGUGGAAGGAUUUGGUGCCAACUCGCCCGUGUACCACUUUGGUUCGCGGGGCAGUCUGAGCGGACCUGCAGGGAACGCCGCUCAUCCUUCAGAGCCAUUGUCGGCGCCUGCCCAUGCUGCGUCGCAUGGUUUUGCAUACACUUUCCCAGCGCCGAGCGAAGCCAAUACGCACGGUGGCUACGAGCUGGACAAUAGACAUCACCUGGGCGGUGCUGCAAAUGGCGGCUAUCCUUACGGCGCCGAGAUCCAUCCUCCCUAUCCUUCACGGGGCCAUCUCGAGCCUACACACAACAGCGCACCUGCCGAAUCCGCUGACUGGCGCUUCGAUGCACAUCAUGGCGCGCCCCACGAGUAUCAAGACGCACCACGCAGAGUCAGCCAGCAACCGUCGGGCUUCCAAAGCACACUUGCUGCGCAUCUCCAAAUGAGGACGCCUACGCUGGCAAAGGGACGCGUCUCGCCGCCCUUGCCUGGCAGCUCGCAUGGUCGUCCAUUCUCUUCGCACGGCGCUCGGCCAGGCAGUGCGGGCGGGCCGCCAAGCGCCGUGUCCGACCGGCCCAUCUUGCCUCCCCUAUCCAGUCUGAGUCGGCCCGGCACUGGACACGGGGGACCCUCUCCUGGAAUUCCACGCAGCUCGCACGGCACUGGCUCGGCUCUGCCGUUUGGUUCAAACCUUGGUGACUCGAGCACCUCAGACAGACGCCCCGGAACCAGCUCUGCCAACGCAGGUGACUUUGGCACUUCUAGCAGCACCGUUCCCGCCGCUGUGCGCGGUGUUAGUCGCCCCACCUCACGGAGUGGCCUGCUCGACUUGACCUCGCUGCCAAGCCUAGUCUCGCCCAUCGAAGCCCGCCCGGCGACAGGCUCCAACAGCAGACUACCUUCGAGGGCGGGCAUUUCGAGCAGCUCAGCCAACGCAUCGUCUUCCGUCUUUCGCUUCCAGCCACCGCCGCUUCAGCGAGAUGCGCGAGGCGUGCCUGGUGGCAUCUUGGAAAGGCCUGGCAGCUCCUCUGGCCCGCAUGACGUCAGGAGUACUGGCUUGAGCCGAAGCAGACCAGGAAGCUCAAGCGGGCCACGCGGUGGUGUCUCCUUUGACAUUUUGCCACCUUUGAUCGAUCGGGACCGCGAGAGGUUGAGAAGAAAAGCCGCUGGCAAAGGCGCUUCGCCCGGUCCAGACGCUAAGCGCUUACGGCCCUCGACGAGCGGCGAGCUGCAUCGUCCGCCACGCUUUGGCGAAUCUUCCUCUCGAGACGAGCCCAGCAUUGCCCCUCCGCCUGCCGAUAUGAUGCAGAAUCGUCGCGUCAGCAUCGCAAAUCUCUGCGACGUCCCAUCUCGCUCCAGAUCCCCGCCAGACUUUGCUAACGGCAAGCGCUCGCACCGGGAAGAGUCGAACGAGCGAGAUCAGAGCGAGGAUGAGGAUGAGGAGGCUAUGCGCACUCGACCUGGCACGACGAACAGCCUGUUCACAGUUGCCAGCACUCCUGCCGCUGAUGAGGAUGACGACGACAAGGAUGUCGUGAAGAAGGAAGAAGCGGGUGAUGACGCUUGA